CACAUUUUUAUUGUCUUUUUUUUUCAUCUUUGAAGAAAAAAUUUUGCAGUGUAAAUCUCAAGACAUCUAAUGCAGCUAUAGCUUUGGAUGACAGCAAUCAAACUCAGUUACCAAAGGGACGGUUCUCCGGUGGGGGCAGGGCGAAGCGUCCUGAGUCACCAUGGAAACGGGUCACAGAAACAGUCCUAGCUCCGGAAAGGAAUCCCAGGAAAUCUGCUCCCCUGGAUUACUGGUGUUCACCGGCUGCUCUGAGCAGGAUGCCAGCUUGGCUAAGCAGUUUUGGCUCGGGGCGUCCAUGUAUCCCCCCACUGAAUCUCAGCUGGUGUUGACCAGGGACAGCAGCCAGCGGCUACCAGUGGCGAAGAAUUCUAAAGUCCAAGUGAGCGAGAAAACUCCAGUCCGAACCUUCCCCUUUGAUCAUAACAAGGAGGCAAAUGUCUUCGCUAAAGCCCAAAAGAUUCAGGAAGCUGAAGAGAAAGCAAAGUAUCUCCAAAAGGCCAAAAAGAGAGAUGAGAUUCUCCAACUCUUAAGGAAACAAAGAGAAGAGAGAAUUUCGAAAGAACUGAUUUCAUUACCUUAUAAGCCUAAGGCCAAAGUACCUGAAGCAAAGGAAGUCUCAUCAGAAUCAGACAAACAGGACCAAGAAGAAGUCAAAGCCUUGCAAUGAUCUGAUUGACAUAUUGUAGCAGGUGACUGACAAGUAUUCACCUUUGAAGCAAGUUAUGCUUACAUCAGGAUCACCAAGUAAAAAGUGUGCAGAUUUCCAGGAAUUUGACAAUU